AUGGGAACUGGUGUCGAGAUGCCAACAAGAAACCCACGGUUCUUGGCGAACCCAAGUGGCGAGCCAAGCAGCCAUGCGAGGAGUGUUGCGCCCGGCAACGCCUCGUCCUCAGCAAUGCCGUCAGGGCAGCCUUCAGAGAGGCUGACAUAUUCUGGGCAGUCAAUAUUCUUCGGCGGACCCAUGCUGAGCACCCCUGGCGUGAGCGGCCAGAGGAAUGAGACAGGCACAAGAGUAUGCCCCGAGGGAAGCAGAGAUCCGAAUGCCCAGCAGCGUGACAUCCGGGGUGAGAAAGCAAGGACAGGCUCCUUUCCAAUAUUUGCUCCUGGGACGUUCCAGAGGAACCCACCCUUUGACAAAUGA